UCUCAUCAUCGUCCUUUUAUUAGGGUAUCAUCAUAUACACAGAAAAUAUGCCUAAGAGAUUUCCCCAUGUUUUUUCCAACAAAAACUUCAUCAAACACCUUCAAUCAACCACUCCUAUAACUGCUAUAGUUAGUAGCAGAGGGUUCUGCAUCCCAAAUGCGGAUGCUCAUGUGCAUACUCAAGUACAACUAACCCUUAUGAGAUCAUAUCAUACAGGUGGUGACUCAAUUGUGGGAGCAGCAGCAGAAGGGGGAGUGAAUGCAACAGAGGCGGUGGAGAAUGUGGGAGAAAGGGCAAAGGAGACAGCAAAGAAGACUGCAGAAUUUGUUGCAGAGACAACCACGGCUGAGGCUGAUACCAAUGUUGUGGACACUGCUGAAUACAGAUGUUCUGAAGAUUUGGGGGGCCAUCUUGGAGAUGGCCAUGAUAGUUAUAGUUGAAUAUGACACUGUAGCUAAGAGUUGAUGGAAUCAUAUGUGCUAAAUUAACCUAUGUACUAAAUUUUAACGUUGCUCUUUGACUUUUAAGAUAUUGUAGUAAUGCAUAAAACAUUGAAGUUUGAUGUUAUAUGCUCUUUUUUUGGUGUCGUAUAUGAACAUAACUAGCUUUCUUUGGAGAUAAGAAGCAAUUGUAUAACUUUUUUGGUAAAAGCAAUAUUAUAUAUUAAUGCCACUUGGAA